AUGCAAUCGAAACCCAAAAAAGAUUUUAAUGAAUUAUUUGGUUUUAAAUAUGAUCCAUUAACAGAAACAAUAAUCUCAGGUGUUUCACCAGAAGGUAUUGAUUUGCUUGAUCGUCUUUUAUCUUUUGAUCCUCGUCAGCGUCCAACGGCCGAAGAAGCUCUAAGUCAUCCAUUUUUGGAACUUUAUCAUGAUCCAAUGGAAGAACCAACUAUAGAGCCAAUGAUUGAUGAACAUCAAGAUGCAGAAUAUACAAAAGAACAAUGGAAAUCUAUUGUGUGGCAAAUGGUUGAAGAGUUUUUACCACCAUCUUGGGUUAAUCAAGAUCUUAUUGACGACUCAUAA